AAAUAUUAUUAAAAAAUGAAUCCUAUGCUAAAAAUAUUUUUAACCCAUUGUUGGGCAAAUAUAUAUUUAAUAAUUGGAAUUAGCAUAGGCUUAAGUCUUAGUAUAAUGUUGAUACCAGCUAAUAUAGAUAAUUAUGAUGGAAAUACAGAGUAUUUAAUACAUUAUUUAAAUUAUCAAGAAGAUUUAGAUGAAUAUGAACCAAAAAUAAAUAUUAAUAAUAAACCUCAACAAGCACAAAAAGUAUCUAAAACAUUAGUACGUCCAAGAUAUUAUUCCACUGAACUUGGAAUUAGAGAGAAAUUAUUUAUAGGAGUCAUAACAAGUCAACAAUAUUUAUAUAGUAGAGACACAGCAAUUAAUAAAACAGUUGCUCAUAUUGUGGAUAAAAUACGAUACUUUAUUUCUAUACCUGAAGGUACAAAACCUAAUGUUACUCUUCCUGGUAUAGUAGGAUUUACAGAUACUAGAACAAUUUUAAAGCCAUUUCAUACAAUGAAAUAUAUAAUUGAUAAUUAUUUGGAGAAUUAUGAUUACUAUUUUUUAAUCAAAGAUAUAAGCUACAUCAAUGUUAAAAAAUUAGUAGAAUUUGUUAAUAAGAUUAGUGUAAGUCAAAAUGUUCAUGUGGGUGUUCUUGGAGAUAUUUCAACUUAUUGUUCUUUGGAUUCAGGAAUUCUUUUGAGUAAUUCAGUAAUACAAGAAUUAAAAAAUAAUUUAGAUUGGUGUGUGAAAAAUGCUUAUUCUGAUUCAGAUGACAUUAAUUUUGGACGAUGUAUUGUUCAUUCUAUCUCAAUACCUUGUUCUAAUCAUAUACAAGGACAAAAAUUUUUGUAUACCAAGUUGAAACCAACAUUCUUAUUUGAACAAAAUUUGAAAGAAUUAGUUAGAAAUGAAGAAUUUCUAAAUUCACUUGUAAUAUAUCCAAUAUAUGAUCAUCUAUUUGUUUAUAAAUUGAAUACAUAUUUUGCAACAAUAAAAACUAUUGAGAUCCAAAAAAAAAUUUUAAAUAUUCGAAAAACAAUUUUAAAUAUGCAAAAUUUAGGUCCUCUACAACAACGUAGUUCUUGGCCCAUUGGUAAUCAACCAGGAAAUAAUGCCAUUGGACGUUUCGAUAUUUUACGAUGGACAUAUUUUAAUCAAACUCAUCUAUUUUUGAAUACUGAUUUUUCAACCAUACAAGAAUUAAAAACCGAUGUUAAAUUUGAUAUAGAUCGAAUAAUUAAUAUUACAGUCGUUAAUAUUAUUUUUAAUAAUCAAAUUACAUUAAAAUUCAAUAAAUUGUUGAAUGGGUAUCAAAGAUUUGAUGCAUCUCGAGGAAUGGAUUAUAUAUUAGAUUUAGAAUUUAUCAAUAUUAGUACCAAGAAAACAUUAAGAAAGAGAAUUGAAGUGUGUAAACCACUUGGUAAAGUUGAAAUUUUGCCCGUUCCAUAUGUAACAGAAAAUACUAGAAUAAAUAUAAUAUUAAUCAUAAAUUCAUCAAAGAAACAGGAUGCAUUGAAUUUUUUGGAGCAAUAUGCUUUAGAUUGUAUGGAAAAAAAGUAUAAAACUUUUCUUAUGAUGGUUCUCUUAUAUAAUUUUGACUCCGCAUCAAAAGGUCGAGAAGAUAUAUAUUAUGAGAUUAAACAAUAUGCACUAUUUUUAGCUGAAAAAUAUAAAAAACAGCAAUCAAAAAUUACUUGGCUUUCUAUACGUUUACCAAAUAUUGUAACAUCUGUUAAAACAAAUCAAUUGCUGAAUAUUGCUGUUACAGAUUUAUGUAUAAGAAAGUUUACAUCUGAAAGUUUGAUACUUUUUGUUGAAACAGGAAUACAACUUCGAUUGGAUUAUUUAAAUAGAGUUCGUAUGAAUACUAUUAAUCAAUAUCAAAUAUUUAGUCCAAUACCUUUCAUUGAAUACCAUCCUGAUAUAAUUCAUAUAAAUGAUGUAAAAAAACUUAGUACAGAUAUUAAUCGAAAUUAUGGAAAAUAUGACGAAUAUAAUUUUAAUAAUAUCGCAUUUUACGUCAGAGACUACAAUAUUAUGAGAAAAACUAUUGAGGCUAGCAUUCCAAUAAUACAUUCUGAUCGAGAUAUUUUGUCGAUAUUAAAACUCUCACAAAAUAUUCCUGUUAGUUCUUUGUUCGAAAUGUUUGUUUCUUUCAGUAAUGUGCACACUUUACGCGCAAUUGAACCAGCUCUUAAAGUAAGGUAUACAAACAUUACCUGUGCCGAUAAUACUAAUAAUAUCAACAUGUUUUGUACACAAUUAAAAAGUCGUUAUUUAGGUCGACGUAGUCAACUUGCUAGAUUGAUUCUAGAUUAUCAAACUUAUAAACAUAGUUUACUAGCAUAAAUUGUGUAUGCAAAUGCUAUGAAAAGUAUUAUCAAAUAUAUUAUUUUGAUAUAAAAAUGAUUUUAUAGCUUAUAUAGAA